UGCGUGAACUAGACCCAGCGCGCCUGGCAGGGGACGGAGCUGCGGCUGGCUGGAGGGGAAACUGGUGACGGCGCACGGACGGAGGACCGACAGGCCCGCGGGCAUCCCGCGCGCGAGUAUAAAGCUCGCAAACGCGCAGGCAGAGGCUCAGCCCCCGCUUGGGACGGCCGCUGCCCCACAGCCCCGACCGCCCGCAGGAGGAGCCGCGCCGCGCCGCGCCGCGCCCCGGGAAGCAUGCGGACGAGCCUGCUGCUGCUGCUGCUGCUGGCCGCGCUCCUGGCGCCCGCGCCCGCCGUCCCCGCGCCCCGGGCCGCCGCGUCCUGGAGCGCCAAGUACGCGGUGGACUGCCCCGAGCGCUGCGACCGCGACGCGUGCAGAAGCCCCCAGCGCUGCGAGAGGACCGUGCUGGACGACUGCGGCUGCUGCCGCGUGUGCGCCGCCCGGCGCGGGGAGACCUGCUACCGCACCGUGUCGGGCAUGGACGGCGUCAAGUGCGGCCCGGGGCUGCGGUGCCAGUUCUACAGCGAGGAGGACGAUUUUGGUGACGAGUAUGGCGUCUGCAAAGACUGCCCCUACGGCACCUUCGGCCUGGAGUGCAAGGAGACCUGCUCCUGUCCGCUGGGCGUGUGUGACAGGGUGACCGGCAAGUGCCUGAAGUUUCCCUUCUUCCAGAACGCGGCCACCAAGCCUUCCGACAGUUUGGUGUCUCACACAGAGCACGACAUGGCAUCGGGGGACGGCAAUACGGUGACACAAGGCAAGGGGAAGGAGAGCACCGCCCUGACGACCGAGAUGAGACGGCUAAAUCCACGCUGACCCACGCCGCCCGAGGAGACUGCUGGAACGACCGGCCGACGCACGGCCAACGUUGUAGGCAUUGUUUAGGUUAGAGCGAAUGCGAUGUUUGGAGACCAAGCACGGUUCAGGGUGGGUCCAGGGAAACAAGUAGGCUACUAACAAUCCAUAAAAUGCUGAGCAUAGGGCUGAACACUUAGAUAUCUGCUGAACAUUUCGAUGCAUAUAGAUUUGUUAGAUAACUGUUUAUAGCAACACUGAAGAAUCAAAAUGCGAUUUAGGGAAUGCAGGCCGGUCAACCAAAGAGAGCUUCUGUUGAAGACCACCACGGGUCCACUUCUGGGCCUGGGGUGCACAUUUGUGUCAGGGUACCGGGUGGAGGGAGAGUUCUGGGCAAGAGGGAGUGGGGGUGGGGCAGGGAGUAUGGUAUUUAGGUCUUGUCAUGGCAUCAGGGGAAUUUCAUCGUUGUUUUGUUUUUUUCCUUUGGGAAAAAUCAAAGCCACCCCCGAAGGAAGUGGGAUGUUUGGAGCUGGCGGGAGUUUGAGGAGCAGCCCUGCACUGUGGCAGGUGUGCAGGGCCGCUCAGGGGCGCCCAGGCGACCUGGCGGGAGGGGGGUCCUGGGCAGAAACGGUUCUCAAGAAAGCCACCUGGGACCGAGAGGGCUGGGAAGGAUCUUGCCUACUUGGGGGAGGUGUGACGGUAAAUAUUUAUAUAUUUUUGUAAGCAAUUGUUAGCCCACAGCAUCCUCCAUGCCUACCCAUGUUUAUCACCCUCUGGAGAAAAAGAACAUAAUAUUGCGUGUUUAAAAUGGUUAGUUAGCAUAGAGGCACAGCUCUGAGAUUUUCAAAGGUCCAAGGCACGGGGAGUUUCUUGUUAAUAACUGCUGUAAUGUUCACGGUGGUAAGCAGAAGAGAGUGAGAACAAUGUCGUUACUGGAUGUCUAAAAUGUCAAAAAAGAAGCAACAGAGGGAAUUUAUUUUCAAGUAAGUGCAGUGACUUGGAUGAGUGUUUAACUUAAGGUGGAAAAUUGCUUCUGGGGCGGUUUGGGCAAGAGUCCGUUUUCGGCCGGAAGUGCCGGCUGUGACUGACAGUUUUGCGGGUUCCCUGUGACAUCAGCUGAUGCGCGGGAGGAGGAGCACCCUCCGGGGGUGGGGGUCUUUGUCAGGACGUGUUUGCAGAGGUGUUUUGUUUAGAAUAAAGAUUUAU